CGUCUCCUCCUGAGCAGCAGCCGGUUGUUUACGGGGUGAUGAGGACGCACUGCUGGCCAGCUGUCAAAGUCAUUAGACAGGAGGAAAAACAGCGCAGGUACCACUGGGGAGCACGGCUUUGAACCCGUCGUCAAUUAGCGGGCAUAGUUUAUGUGUGUUCGUGUUCGGAAGUUUUAGCACUAUCUGAAUUUAGACAGAGAAACGGGAGAAAAGGGAAGUCCGUUUGCUACAAGCUAGCCGCAAAGAGCCCAGACGGUACAGGAGGUUGUUUCAGAGGUUCUCAGAAAAAGACAGGGGACUGUAGGACACACAGCCGGUCUUCAGUUCUCGCUGGUUUUGCCCUGUUGCAGCGGCACCAUGGCCAAUCGUGAAGAGUCCAAGAAGAUGAAUGGCAAUUCUGGCGACUCUUCUACCCUUUUGGAAACACCCAAAGAGAGCAUGCAGCUUAAAAAAGAGAUCUCAUUGCUUAAUGGAGUCAGUCUGAUUGUAGGAAACAUGAUAGGCUCCGGGAUCUUUGUGUCCCCGAAGGGUGUCCUCAUUUACAGUGCCUCUUACGGACUCUCACUAGUCAUCUGGGCGAUUGGAGGUCUAUUCUCAGUAGUUGGGGCCCUUUGUUAUGCUGAGUUGGGCACCACAAUCACCAAAUCAGGAGCCUCUUAUGCAUACAUACUGGAGUCAUUUGGUGGUUUUAUUGCAUUUAUUCGUUUGUGGACAUCUCUGUUGAUCAUUGAGCCCACGAGCCAGGCAGUCAUAGCCAUCACAUUUGCAAACUACCUGGUGCAGCCGCUCUUUCCAACAUGUGAGCCACCGUAUGCGGCAUCCAGGCUCAUUGCUGCAGCAUGUGUUUGCCUGUUGACAUUCAUCAACUCUGCGUAUGUAAAGUGGGGCACCCGUGUUCAGGACAUUUUCACCUACGCUAAGGUGGCAGCCCUGAUCGUCAUUAUAGUCACUGGCAUCGUCAAGCUAUGCCAAGGUUACACAAGCAACUUCGAAUCAUCUUUUCAGGGGUCAUCUACCGACCCUGGUGACAUUGCACUGGCGCUGUACUCUGCCCUGUUCUCUUACUCUGGCUGGGACACUCUCAACUUUGUAACUGAGGAGAUCAAAAGUCCUGAAAAGAACCUGCCCCUGGCGAUUGCCAUCUCUAUGCCUAUUGUCACCGUUAUUUACAUCCUCACUAAUGUUGCCUAUUAUGCUGUUCUGGAUGUCAGAGCUAUACUGACCAGUGAUGCAGUGGCAGUGAUGUUUGCUGAUCACACGCUUGGUGUAAUGAGCUGGACCAUUCCCAUUGCUGUGGCUUUGUCCUGCUAUGGAGGCCUCAAUGCAUCUAUUAUAGCUGCAUCCAGGUUGUUCUUUGUGGGAUCUCGUGAGGGUCACCUUCCAGAUGCUCUGUCCAUGAUCCAUAUACAGAGAUUCACUCCGAUUCCUGCUCUGAUCUUCAAUUGUGUCAUGUCGCUGAUCUACCUGACAGUGGAAGAUGUCUUCCAGCUUAUCAAUUACUACAGCUUUAGCUACUGGUUCUUCAUGGGGCUGUCCAUCGCUGGCCAGAUCUACCUGCGCUUGAAGGAGCCAGACAGACCCAGACCUCUUAAGCUCUCAUUAUUAUACCCAGUGGUGUUCUGCCUCUGUACCAUUUUCCUGGUGGCAGUUCCUCUCUACAGCGACACCGUCAACUCCCUGAUCGGCAUUGCCAUUGCCCUUUCCGGUGUUCCAGUCUACUUCCUGGGUGUCUACCUGCCAGAGUCCAAACGACCACCUGUCAUCACUAAGCUGCUGCGUUCUCUGACUGACUUCACCCAGUACACCUGCUUCUGUGUGCUGACUGAGAUGGACAAAAGUCAAUAGACCCUGUUACACUUUAAAACCCAGGAGUGUGUGCAUCCUCACAGCCACCAGAAGUGGCUUUCAGCUGGAUAGAACAAACACUCCUUUGUUGCACUGUCCACCGUCAUCUCAGAGUUGUUUACAGCACUGAAGGUGCUGCAACAGAUGUACAUAUUCACCUAAAGAGUUUUGUUCUGGGAAAACAUUUCGAGGUGGAGUAGAGAGGUGGUUAUACAGUUUAUUUAUUAUUAAUACUUAUUAGGUUUAGCAGGUAAUUUUUUAUAUAUACUAUAUGCCUUUUAAACAGUAUAUGCCUUUGAGACUUCACUGGUACUAUGAACAUGACUGCAGGGACCAGAGCACUAUGCAGGUAAAUAUUCUCUCCUGGGUUCUAACUAAAAGGUGUGAGUGUGUUUAACAUUGAUCUAAACUAUUGGUCCUAAUUAUUUUCUAAUGAAAAAGGGGAGAAAAUACUGCUGCUGCUAUUUGAGAACAGUGACUCAUCCCUGUAAUGUCAUUGCCUUUAUUUACUCUUGGCCUCAUUGCUUGUAGUUUCUUGCUGGGGUUUUUUUUUUUUUUUUUUCAACCAACAUAGUUUCCAUGUGUUGAAUUCUUUUGAGUGUUUCAAGCUGACCAGCUGAGGUGGGUUUAGUGUAAUUCACCCUGUUUCACAGUAUGAGAUGCUGUAAGCCUUUAACACAUAACUAAUAUGCACUAUUUCUUUUUGUUCUUAAUCAUGUCCACACAGACACUUUGUUCAUUCCACAUCUUUAGUCCAGUUGUGGAACUUAUGCACAUCCUGUCUUCUAAAGUAAACUAUGCUCCAGA